AUGCAGAUAAAACCUGGAAAAAGUCGCAGUCUUCAGAAUCUGUUCUGGGCGGCUAUGGCGGCAGCAGCUGGCGCUGCGGGAGGUCGAGGCUCUGGGCCAGGGCGGCGGCGCCAUCUUUUGCCCGGGGCCGGCAGGAAGCCUAAGGAGGGGGCCCCGGGCGUCGCGGGUGACUACCCGAACGAACUAGAGGCGCUGGAGCUGGAGCCUGAGGACUUGAUGCUAGAGCUCGAGCCAGAGGAGGAGCUGCCUCGGUCCCGCGCCCCACAGGGAGCCUCCGGCCCUGGGCCCGGCGCAGGAGCCCAAGGCAGUCAGGAGGACGAGGAAGAGCCAGGCCUGGUCGAGGGCAACCCGGGGCACGGCGCUAUAGAGGACCCGGAGCUGGAGGCCAUCAAAGCCCGAGUAAGGGAGAUGGAGGAAGAGGCAGAGAAAUUGAAGGAGCUUCAGAAGGAGGUGGAGAAACAGAAGAACAGGAGCCCACCGCCAGGCAAUGCUGGCCCCCGGAUCUUGUCCAUUGAGGAGAAGAUGGAGGCUGAUGCCCGGUCCAUCUAUGUGGGCAAUGUUGACUAUGGUGCCACAGCAGAAGAGCUGGAGGCACACUUCCAUGGUUGUGGUUCAGUUCAUCGAGUUACCAUCCUUUGUGACAAGUUCAGUGGCCAUCCUAAAGGGUUUGCAUAUAUAGAAUUUUCAGAUAAAGCUUCGGUGAGGACGUCAAUGGCCUUGGACGAAUCUCUUUUCAGAGGACGACAGAUCAAAGUGACACCAAAACGGACCAAUCGGCCGGGGAUCAGCACCACAGAUCGGGGUUUUCCGCGUGCCCGCUAUGGUCGUGCCAGAGCUACUAACUACCAUAGUUCAGGCUCUCGAUUCUAUAGUGGCUUCAACAGCAGACCCCGGGGCCGAGUCUACGGGGCCCGGGCUAGAGGGGAGUCAUGGUAUUCCCCUUACUAA